AAGGGAACGAGCCACUAGCGAUAGGCCGCCGCAGAGUGCAGUGCGGGUCCGUCCUAUUUUGACAUAUUAUAAUAAAAGAGAGGAAAAAAAAAUAGGACCACAGUCAGCUAUAGAAUUGAUCACAAUUUAAGAUGAUCAGAAUGUUCGUCCUUAACAAGUGUGUGUCACAAUUAUUAUUUAAAGCAAUGCUAUAGUGCGUAGUCUUUCCAUCGGACUUCGGAAUAAAAAGAAUAAAACGAAAAAAAAAUAAAAGAGAAAGACUUAAUAUUUAUAUACGUUUGACUUGUACACCGCGCCUGCUAUGUAUAUUGACAAAAUAAAUCCUGUCGCCUCGCCAUAGAGUGAACGAAGGGUCUAUGUGUUUAUCGAAAGGGGAAAGAAAAGUAUCCUCGUCAUCAAAAAUUUUUCUUGUCGACAAAGCAACGAAUUGAAAAAAAAAACUAUAGUCGACGCGAAUCACAAGUGGUUUUUUUUUCUGUCUUCCUGAACAUGAAUUUGAGGUUAUUUGGUUAUCCUGCCCAUCCUGCCUAAUAGGAGAAUAACUUUUGUUUUUUGUUCUGGUAUUCAAGUGUAAAUUUUCAUUUGAAUGUCCUUUGAGUUUUUUUCCUGGCGAAGAAAAGAAAAACUUGAGAAAUGGCAGGUAGCAAGGUGGGAAAUGCUGUGCAAACGAAACCUGUCGAGAUUUCUCAGGAACUCCAGGAUGGCGAGAAGUUCGUCAAGUGGGACGAGGAUUCAGGAGUAGCAACCCCAGUCACUUUAAAGGUCGACCAAUUCGGCUUUUACUUGCAUUGGGUAGACCAGCACAACGAAAUGGAAGUACUCGAUAUAGCCAACAUAAGAGACACACGAACUGGAAAAUAUGCAAAAGUACCAAAGGAUCCUAAAUUGAAAGCGUGCGUGACAAUGGGCUCACAAGAUUUAUUGGAAGAUAAAACUGUAACCAUUUGCUAUGGGUCAGAUUUUGUGAAUGUGACAUUCAUAAAUUUUUGUACAAAUCGAGCAGAGAUGGCACGCCAUUGGACAGAUCAACUUCUUCAAUUGGCUUACAAUCUCACUCAACUAAAUACAAGCACAAUUAUGUUUCUUCAAAAAGCACACAUUAGACUCACAUUGACAGCCGACAAAUCUGGGAAAAUACCAUCAAAAAACAUUGUAAAAAUGUUCACUCAAAAUAAGGACGACAAAAAGCGUGUUGAGAAAGCGCUUGAUUCAUCAGGAAUACCAUCUGGCAAGACCGACGGUGUGCCACUGCAAAAAUUUGAGUUCGAGGAAUUCUUCAAUUUCUACAAAACCCUAACUCAACGUACAGAGGUGGAAAAGGUUUUCGAUGACAUUAUCGGCAAUUCGAAACGUAAACUUAUGUCUGUACCUCAACUUGUGGACUUUCUAAAUAAAACACAAAGAGAUCCACGUUUGAAUGAAAUUUUAUAUCCGUACGCAAAUGCGGCACGAGCAAAGGACAUUAUUAAUGAAUACGAACCUAAUAAAUAUAAUGCAACACGAGGACAAUUGAGUUGCGAUGGUUUCCUCAGGUAUUUGAUGAGUGAAGAUAAUCCCAUUGUUGCUGUGUCCAAAUUUGAAUUAUCUGACGAUAUGGAUCAACCGCUUGCUCAUUAUUUUAUCAAUUCUAGUCACAAUACGUACCUCACUGGUCAUCAACUUACUGGUAAAAGCUCCGUAGAAAUCUAUAAACAGUGUUUACUUGCUGGAUGUCGUUGUGUUGAACUCGAUUUCUGGAAUGGCAAGUUCGACGAACCUGUGAUUGUUCACGGAUAUACAUUUGUGCCUGAAAUAUGCGCGCGUGAUGUAAUAGAGGCAAUAGCUGACAGUGCCUUUAAAACAUCGGAAUUUCCAGUUAUUCUCAGUUUUGAAAAUCACUGUAAUCCAAGACAACAAGCAAAAAUUGCACAAUAUUGUAGGGAAUAUUUUGGAGACAUGCUGUUGGAUUGUCCACUUGAAAGUCACAAUUUGAUACCAGGCCAAGAACUUCCACCACCUGCAUUGCUGAGAAGAAAAAUUAUCAUUAAGAAUAAAAAGAAACACCACCAUCAUCAUCAUCAUAAGAAGCAUCAUAAGAAACAACAGAUUCAAACUCCUGGCAUUGAAGAAGGAAAUCAGGAAGUCGAUGAUAUAGGUGUUGUGAAUCAAGCAGCGGAAGGAGAGAAUGGUCCACCUCCUGAUAUUAUUCCUCAGAAUGAAGUUGUUGAUGGGGUUGUCGUCAGUAGUAACAGUGAGCAUCAAAUUGAUAAUGGAGAAGUACAACAUGCGCCGAUGCUGCAACACAGACAGGGUAGCAAAGACAGUACGCAAGAGGAGGAAGAUGACGAGGACGAAUCGAGUUCAGAGGAGGAGGAGAGCAAUGUGGAAUGUGACAAAGUUGCAGUACCAGAAAAAGCGGUGGCCUCAGCUAAGGAGACGGAAGCUGGCGCUGAGAUAUCUGCCCUCGUUAAUUAUGUCCAGCCGGUGCAUUUUAAUAGCUUCGAAUCAGCUGAAAAGAAAAAUCGAAUGUACGAAAUGUCUUCGUUCGAUGAGAAGCAAGCAACGACAUUGUUGAAGGAAAGGCCUCUCGAGUUUGUCAACUACAAUAAACAUCAGCUCUCGCGAGUUUAUCCGGCUGGCACGAGAUUCGACUCCAGCAACUUCAUGCCGCAGGUGUUCUGGAAUGCUGGCUGUCAACUGGUCGCCCUCAACUACCAGACACUCGACCUUGCGAUGCAACUCAAUUUGGGGAUUUUCGAGUACAAUCAGCGAUGUGGUUAUUUGCUGAAACCGGAAUUCAUGAGACGCAAGGACAGAAGAUUGGAUCCAUUUGCUGAAUCUAUGGUGGACGGUAUUAUAGCCGGUACCGUUCACAUUCACGUGAUAUCUGCACAAUUUCUCAGUGACAAGAGAGUUGGGACUUAUGUGGAGGUCGAUAUGUAUGGCUUGCCGGCUGACACUGUUAGAAAAAAGUUCAGAACAAAAAUCGUUCAGAAUAAUGGAAUAAAUCCGAUCUAUGAUGAGGAACCUUUCGUUUUUAAGAAGGUGGUGUUACCGGAACUUGCAUCUAUUCGAAUAGCUGCUUAUGAGGAGUCGGGAAAAAUGAUAGGACAUCGGGUGUUGCCUGUGGUUGGUCUUUGUCCAGGUUAUCGUCAUGUGGCACUACGAAACGAAUGUGGACAACCUCUUCCACUGGCGAGUCUAUUUCUCCACGUUAUCGUCAAGGAUUAUGUACCUGAUGGUCUCAGUGAUUUUGCCGAAGCUCUGGCUAAUCCAAUCAAAUACCAAAGCGAACUGGAGAAACGUGAAAAGCAACUCGCGGUUCUAACAGACGACAUGGAGGAACCUGAAGGAGAAGAGGAGGAAAAAGAUAAAGCCACUGUUGGUGGACCGAGUUCCUCUAGACCGACUGAGGAGGGAUUAAGACCGAAGAGAAUGCAAUCAAUUGGAGAAAUGCCGGCAAAUUUACUGCAAACAUUAGUCACUGCACAUCCAAGGCCUUCGAUUAGUGCAAUAACUUCCGCCGACUCACAAGAAGUUGACGACAGUGUCGUUUUUUCAGUCACCAGUUCCUCCGUUGUUGAUUCUUCAGCCAGUAAGAGUCCAGUCAAUGCAAGCAGUAUGAGCGAAGAAAUAUCUGCAGAAUCUCUUGAGAAAUUAAUGGAAAAUAAACUCGUAAAGGAGAAGAGAACGGAGCUCGAUAAGAAAUUAGAGUCUUUAAAGAAGAAGCACGAGAAGGAGAAAAUGAGAAUACAGUCGCAGAAGGUUUCUAUCGAUGGGGAGAAGCAUAAAACAAAGUUUUAUAUUAGCCACAAAUUCAUUAAACGUUUGUCGAGCAAUAACAUUUAUAUGUUUCGCAGUAUCUCUAGUGAUGGUGGUCCAAGUAGUACAACACUCACGGAUACGUCCGAAUGUCCAGAGGAGGCACGCGACACUGCUGAAACAUUAAUGAAAGGACUGCCGAGGAGUCAGAGCGAGAGGCUUUUAGCUGUUUGCAAAGAGCACAUUCAACAGGAACGUGAACUGCAGGAAAAAUAUCACGAAAGUGUAUUUUCAACUUUAGAAAAAGUUAUGAAAUCCUCACAAACAAAUCAAUUGAAGACACUGAAAAAUAUGUUGGAUCGUGAAACUGCUGACGUCAUGAGGAAACUUCAAUCAAAAAGACAUGAGGAAGUUAAGAAUUUAGCGAAAAAUCAUAAAGAUAAAGCCGAAUUGGACCGAAUGAAACGUGAAGUUGCUAAAUCAACGGUGGAAAAGGGUGUAAACGAAUGUACAAGACUGACAACAAUUUUUGAAAGGAAGAAAUCUGAACUCGAAAGGCAACACGAGGAGGUUCGACAGAAACUAGAAGAAGAAAAAACUAAGGUGAAAGGAGCUUUACUAACCGAGUACAAUGAUCGAUGUAGCGAAUAUGAAAAUGAAGAAAUGUUGUACAUCGGUAAAUGAAUCGAUUAUUGAUCUGAUUAUUAUUUCCAAAGUAAUAAACACAUGUGUAAACAUGCAGAAGAAGAAUAAAAGAAAUGGAGCAACAAACAGUGAAACUGUGAUCGUUGUCAGCAUUGAAUUGCAGAGUAAGUAAAUAAAUACUUGAAAUUAUUAUCUGCGAGGAUAUUCGUCAUAGUGAAUUCACUCGUUUGGCGGAGCUGGUCGCGUUUCGUCAAUGGCUAGGACAUUGAAUUUAUAAAGAAUUCUUUUUUUUUUAAUUUUAAUCAAGCGAAUUGAUUCUUUUAGAAAAUUGUAAUUUGUAAUUCAAAACUCAUGAUUUUUAGAAAUUAUUAUUCGAAAAUUGAUUAGAAAAAUUUUGAUUUUAUUAUACUUCGAAAAUCUUUAUUUAAAAAUUAUACUUCGAAAAUUUUGAUUUGAAAAUUGUACUUCGAAAACUAUGAUUCAAAAAUCGUGAUUCUAACGUCUUGAUUUAAAAAUCAUGAUUUAUAAUUAUCUUCUAUUUUAGCGUUUAAUUUUUAUUAUUUUCUCUCUAAAGAGUUUUUUUUAAUUAAGGUUCUUUUUUGCUAUUUUGAUAAAUAAGGUAAACGCGAAAUGCGUUUCCGUUCAACAUUCCUAUUAAUGAUAGAACGUCCAAUUAAUUAUUCUGGCAGGUCGUUUCUAAUUGGAAUAAUUUACAAUUGUAAAAAUAGAGUUUAAAUGUUAAUUCAAUAUUUUUUAAUGUAUUUUUAAAAGUCUAGUUAAGUUAAUUUACGUUAGUCCACAGAUUAUUUUCCAUGCACGGAGAGAAAAAUAAAUAAAUUAUAAAAUAAAAGAAAAAAAAAUAUAUUUAUAUUGAAACAAGAGAAAAUUUUUUUUAAACCAAACAUAAUUUAGUUGAAU